AUGUCCAAGCAAAUAAUCGUCGUUUUUGGGGCAACUGGAAAGCAAGGUGGCUCUGUCGUCAGCAGUCUUUUGUCGGACAGUGCAGCUGGCAAAUUUCACGUUCGAGCAAUUACGCGCGACGUUACGAAGGCUAGUGCCAAAGCCUUGGCCUUGAAGGGCGCCGAAAUUGUUGCGGCCGAUUUGAGUGAUGGGGAAUCCAUUCAAAAGGCACUGAAGGGUGCUUAUGGAGUAUAUGCUGUCACCAAUUAUUGGGACCACCACAGCGCCGAGCUCGAAUUUGCUCAAGGGAAAAACAUUGCUGAUGCUUGCAAGAAAGAGGGUAUUCAGCACUUGGUGUGGAGCAGCCUACUAAAUGUCACGAAACUCUCCGGUGGUAUCCUCUCCCAAGUCCAUCACUUCGACAGCAAAGCGAAGGUUGAAGAAUACAUCCGCAGUGAAGGAAUUCCUGCCACGUUCAUGCUUCCAGGCUUCUACAUGUCAAAUAUCCCCGGAGGCAAUUUGCGGAAAACGCCGGAAGGUACAUGGAAACUUGCGCUUCCAAUUCCUGGCGAUAGUCCGAUUCCGCUAUUUGCGUCAGAGUAUGAUACGGGCAAAUUUGUCAAGGGGAUUCUUCUAAAGAGAGACGAGACCCUGGGCAAGCGGAUCUACGCUGCCACGAAGUACUAUACGCCUCUCGAAAUUUUGGCCACUUUCAAGGAUGAGUACCCCAACGCUGGGAAGGUUGCGGUUUUCUCGGAGCUGCCACAUGCGGUAUUCAAAGGCAUUCUCGCGGCAGCUGGAAUGCCUGAAGUUGCCCAAGAGGAACUGCUGGAGAAUAUGCGUCUAAUGCCAGAGUUCGGGUACUACGGUGGCGAGGCACUUGACUCGAGUGUUGAUAUUGUUGAUGAGCCUCUCACGACAUGGAGUGCCUAUAUGAACAAGACACCUGCUUUUGCGGAUUUAUAUUAG